UUUGACAACCGAAAGUUUUUCUGGGGAUUUCCGAAUAAAAAAUCAGGAGAAAAUAUGUCGCUUAAAUUUAACGAAGCGCUGAAAAUUCUUUCAGAAGGUCUACCUAAGCCCUCGGAGUCAGAGAGUAAAUUAUACACUCAAGAUGCAGUCGAAAUAUCCGAGAAGAUUAAUCUGGAACUAAUUAAUAUGAAUUCCAUUUUCAAGGAAAGAGUGAAUGACUGGAUAGAUACGUGCACCUACCUUCAAAAAGAUAUUUACAAAAUAUGGAUACCCAUGCUUCGCAUCAACAUGCCAUUCAAGAUAGAGCCUCGCUUAGUUGGGGGCCAUCCAUUCAGAGUCUUUAGGCUCAAGACGUCUGUAUACCAUCCAGCAGUCGAGAACGGAUAUGUCAAUGGCCUCAAGCUAACCAAACUUUUUUACUGGGAUAUAAGGCAAGCUAUCCUAAGAAUGGGCAAGAUCAAUUGUAAAAGUGGCAGGACAUACAACAACCUACACACAGGAUUGUUCGAGGAUGACGGAAAUCAAUAUUUAAAAAUUGUUAUCAAGGAAUAUGAAGAGCAGGAAGCGCCCUCAAUAUUGUAUCAAUUCGCAUUAAGUUUUACUUUCUCGCAUGAAUCUCCUGCUUACCAUUUCCAUCAUAAUUUCUUUCGCCAAACUCAAAAAUCGGUUUUUAAUUCAAUUGCAGCAAAUAUUUCGGAAAUGGUAAACAAGAUUAAUGUAUUGUUGCUACAACUCCAUUUGGAUUCAUCCUUAACAGUCGAAAAAAUGCAUAACAUAGUAUCAUACACGAUGUUCCAAUCACCAGAAGGAAAAUUUGAAGAGAUCUUGCUCGAGGCCAUGACUAAAUUCAUUCCGUUCUUAAAAAAUUCCGGGCCCUUGAAGUGUGCUUGCGGAAAAUUGUGGCAAUUUAAGCAAGCGGAUUCAGUUAAAGUGUCGGAGCUCAAGGCAGUUUUCGGCAUGGAGUAAUUAAAUAAUAACUCAUAACCACCAUUUUCUUCGGGACUCUGGAACUAGAAUUUUCAUGACAUAUUAAUAAAGUAAUUGGGGAAUCCUUUGAGUUGA